AUGGAUAUGUCUAGAAAUUUGCUUCCAAACAACGACCCCAAUCUCUAUGGUAAUGAUGACGCUUUUGAGGCCUAUAUCGACAUGGACUUCCUAAGAAACGAUGCCAUGGAAGAAGAUGUAGAUUUAAGAAGCAUGUCAAAUUCAGAUCUAUUCCGUUAUUAUUUGGAAGAAGAGUUGAUUAAGGACCAAGAAGUUUUGGAAGAAACUCCUACCACGUAUUCAGCACCUACGCAAACUGUUGACGAGUUUUCUUUAAUAACUGAUCCAGUUCCUGUCAAUGAAGAAUUAAAACUUACUCCAAUGUCAAUAGUUGAAGAGACCAAUGAAACUUCUCAACAAGUAGUCCCUUCUACUGCGGUUGCUCCGUCUUUGGCCAUGCUUAAUGCGCAGUUGGCUGAAUUGUUAGCAAAACUUCCUACAAUUAAACAAGAAACUACUACAAAUAAGACCGACUUAUCGACUGGUUCUUCUUCACCAAAAUCUAAUGAGACUCCAACAUUAAAUUCUACGACUAAUUCUGUUAAUAGUAAUAACAAUUCUCAGAAAAGUGAUGGUAGUAAUCAAGUAGAUUUGAAAAAAUUAUCAUCGAAAGAACGACGUCAAAUUCGUAAUAAAAUUUCUGCUAGAAACUUCCGUGUUAGAAGAAAAGAAUAUAUUCAAAAUUUAGAAACUACCAAAGAACAACAACAAGAGGAAAUAAAUAUACUUAAGCAAGCCUUGGUGCACUUGCAAGAAGAGAACAAAAAGUUGCAACAAGAAGUUGACAAAUUGCGAAAACAACAGGAUACCAAAUCAAUUGUUACAUCGCCACCUUCACCACCACACAUCCCCUCACCAUCAUCAACAAGAGCUAUGCCUUCUAUUCCUCAACCAUCUUCGCCUACUUCUCGUUAUCUUGUCAUUCCUAAUGUUAAUAAAGACGCGUCACCUUCGUCUUCAUCUGCAAACAAAAAGACAUGGCAAGAUUCGCGUGUUAGAGUUCAAACAACUUUCAUUCCUGAAUUCAAUCUUGACAAACACUUGUUCGAAGAAAAAUCCGCGUCAUCAUAUUUGGAUUUCCGAAAUACUUAUCAAUAUAGAUAUCCUUCUAUGAUUAAUUUGAUUGAAUUUAGUCAAAGCAUGGAUGGUCAAAGAUUUUGGCUCGCUUAUAUGUUAAUUUCAACUGCAAUGCAGCAAAUGACGAAGUUGUUUAUUGAGGCAGUAUGUGCUACACCGAUAAAUCAGAUGAUUUCUGCACUUUUCCCAAAUUCUAAAACCCCUGCAUUAGAACCUGCAAAUGAAGUUGAUCUUCAAUCCUUUGAACCAGAAACUGUUAAUCCUCGACCUUCUUUGGAUGACGAACAACUUAGCGUCGACGUGACAGAAGUUCAACAGCCAUCCUUGUUGGACAGCAAUACAAUGGUUGAAUCUGUCAAAGAGGCCUCUGUCUUAGAUUGGUUAUAUGAUGCUAUGGUUAGCCAUAUAAUUGAACAAAGUCAAAGAGAAGUUAAAAUGAUGGAGCUCAGUGAUUGGGUUGGUGAAGAAUGGGAUGACAAUGUUUUACCAUUUUUGUUUUAA